AUGCCGCCUCCACCAGCACCUACAACGACCUCACGGCCUACCACCUCGCCGGCCCCCUCCGAUCAACCCUUUAUACAUCCGUCGUCCCCCUGCCGCGGCGGCUUCUCCGGCUCGCCCAGAUUGUCCUCCCCCGCUGGUUCUCAAAUCUUUGAGCGAGAUGUCGAUACAGUGUCCCUGAAGCCGCAGUCGCCAGCCAUCCCCUCUCAUAUCCAGGCGGAAAACCAUAUUCCGCCAGUCCUUGACGCCUCCUCCGAAGCCAUCACGGACGACCACCUCGACCCCGAUAGUGUCGAGAUAGUGACCCACGCCCAGCACAUGCCAGCAGCGGCCAGCGUAGCUGGUGGUCACCCGAACGCCGCCCUGUCAUACGAACAGUUGGCCGCCUCAUGGGCCGAGGAACUGGGGCCUCUCGCCGAACGCGAGCAAGACAACGUCUCCACAUAUGGAUCCCUCGACAAUACCGACGUUCGCCGGCUGAGCUUCAUCUCGUUUGCCGACGUCGUGCAGGCCGAACAGGCCGAGCAUGCCAAUACACCAGGUGCCUCCCGCGAAUCCAUGCAUAUCCCAGGCCUUACCUCUUUGUCGGCAAAUCGGUCGCCCUCUCCCAUCCGCUCCCCCGUCUCGUCUCAGGGCGGACCGGGUACGUCGCCCCCUACUAGCCAUCCGGGGUCCGUCAAGGGGCUUGACCUGUCGCCCAGCCGCAAGCCCAUGGGAGGCACCGGAAGCCCCAUAUCGUCCUACCACUCCAAUAAUGGCGACCUCAACAUUGAAACCAUGACGCAGGCGCUGCGGCGGACGGGAAGCAAGGACUUCAACCCUCUGCGCAGCUUGCCCAUAAGUCCAAUCGAUGGCCCUGCCCGCUAG